UCAGCAGACGCUAGGAGCUGUCCGCGGUGCUGAACUGCAUCUCCUCGUUCUGACUCUCUCUCAGUGCCGACAUCUCCCACAGCCAGGAAUCCGCUUACAGCGCAUUCAAAUUAAAACGGGACCUCCGCGACACACUUGAUUAUUCCCGACUCUUUUCACUCAGCGAAUUAUUCUAGAAGGCAGGACGAUUUCUAAAUCCUGUCAUUGCUUAUAUAUUUUUUUCUCUUUCUUCUUUCCCCGGCCACUGGAAGUACCACCGUUAUUCUUUGUAACACACGGACAUUCUGUUUUACAUCGGGAAGAGCAAACCUCGACUUUCGCAGACAUGUGCAUGAGACGUUACUGUCAGUUAAAGGCUCUAUUUGCGGUUUUGGCUCUCGCUGCUGUAAUCGCUCAAAUCCACGGAGAAGGUCCAAGAGAAUUGAACAGCAUCAGUGCGAAGACGUUAGAUGGAGACAGGGGCCUCUUGACACACUUACCCACACAGGACACAGAAAGUGAAGUCUAUUCAGUCACCACUGCCUCACCAAUGAAUAUGCCCAACCACCAGCCUGUCCUCAAGGGUCUGCUGCUUCAUGAACACCUACUUACUAGAGACUUCCAGGGAGACCAGCAUUUUUUCAGGAAGGAUGGCUCUGUGGCUAGAAACCCCACCAUGCCAGGCUUUGUCUCUGCUCCAAAUGCAGGAGACGUUGUCACUCAAAUUGUGCCCCAUGAGGAUGCCCCAGCCUUCUCAGACAUUGCCACUACUGCUACGGAGCCUGCCACAUCUCCACUGACGACACACUCUCCAACAACACCAGGCCCGCCUGUCCCUCUUCCUCAGAAGAAAUCACCCAAGGAGAAGAUGCCGGAUUCAGGCAAUUUGGUGCCAACAACAGAUUCUCUCACUACUCAAGUGACACUAUACAGCAGAGGCCCAGGCACCCCAGUAGCAUCCUUAUUGUCACGGGAAAGGGAUUCUCUCCUUGAUGCCACACCUGGACCCUUUUCAACAAUAAAAGAGAAAGAAAAAUUAAACCCUGACUCUCUGAUCUCUAAGAUUCCUUCAUCAUUUCAUGAAGAAGUCACAAGCGUGGCAUCCACGACUGUCAUCACGACUACCAUCACUACAAUGCAAACAUCAGAGCCGUGCAGCAUGAAUUUCACUGAGUCUGAGGGUAACAUUGAAAUCCAGCAGCACGUUGACCCUGGGGUGGAAUGCAACUACUUGAUUACUGUUUACCUAGGAUAUGGCAUUGAGAUUCAGGUGCUGAAUGUGAGUGUGAUCGAGGGAGAGCAGAUAACAGUGGAGGACACAGGUGGUCAAGAACCUUUCCUCCUCGCCAAUGAGUCAAUCCUGUUAAGGGGCCUUGUUCUUCGCAGCUGGAGCAACCAAAUCUCGAUUCAUUUCCGUAGCAAUCAGCGGCUCAAUUCAGGAUUCCUCCUGCUGCAUUACCAAGCAUUUGUGCUCAGCUGUGCAUUCCCCAAAGAACCUGCGGGUGGAGAAGUUUCGGUGACACAUCUCCAUGCUGGUGGAGAGGCCUACUUCACUUGUUUUACUGGAUACAAGUUGCAAGGUCCGAAAAUGCUCACAUGUCGCAAUGCAACCACACCUUACUGGAGUGGGAAAGAACCACAAUGUGUAGCGUCCUGUGGGGGGAUGAUAAAGAAUGCCACCUAUGGUCGUAUCGUCUCUCCUGGUUUCCCUGGCAACUACAGCAACAAUCUGACCUGCCACUGGGUACUGGAAGCCCCAGAAGGCCACCGGCUUCACAUUCACUUUGAGAAGGUUGCUCUGGCAGAGGAUGAUGACAGGUUGAUAAUUAAAAAUGGGAACAACAUUGACUCUCCCCCUGUGUAUGACUCCUAUGAAGUAGAAUACUUGCCAAAUGAGGGUGUGCUCAGUACUGACCGUUACUUGUUUGUGGAGUUCACCACAGAUGGGACAAUGACUUCCACUGGCGCAGCCAUCAGAUACGAAGCCUUUGCCAAAGGGAUGUGCUAUGAGCCUUUUGUAAAAUAUGGCAACUUUAGCAGCAGCGACUCCAGCUACAGCAUGGGAGCGGUAGUUGAAUUCUCUUGUAAUCCUGGCUACACACUGGAGCAAGGUUCUGUAGUGAUUGAAUGUGUAGAUGCUCAAAACCCACAAUGGAAUGAGACAGAGCCUGCCUGUAGGGCUGUGUGCAGUGGAGAGAUCACAGACUCUGCUGGCGUGGUGUUGUCUCCUAAUUGGCCUGAGGCCUACGACAAGGGGCAGGACUGCAUCUGGGGUAUCCAUGUGGAAGAGGACAAAAGGAUCAUGCUUGACAUCCAAGUGCUCAAUCUGGGUAAGAAUGACCAACUGACUUUCUAUGAUGGUGAUGACCUGACAGCCAACAUCCUGGGCCAGUAUAGCGGCGCUCGGCCACAUCUCAAGCUCUACACGUCCAUGGCUGACGUCACUAUUCAGUUCCAGUCAGAUCCUGCAACUAACAUUUAUGGCUACAACAACGGCUUUGUAGUUCAUUUCUUUGAGGUGCCGAGGAAUGACACUUGUCCUGAACUGCCGGAGAUCCCCAACGGCUGGAAGAGCACAUCUCAUCCUGACCUUAUCCAUGGCACAGUGGUCACCUACCAGUGCUACCCAGGAUAUGCGCUGGCAGGCACUGAGAUACUCAUGUGCCAGUGGGAUCUUACUUGGAGUGGUGAUGUACCAAAGUGUGAUGAAGUUCUGACAUGCCGAGAUCCAGGAAACGUGGAGCACAGUCGAAAAGUGAUCACCAGCACCCGCUUCAAUGUCGGCUCAACCGUGCAGUUCAUCUGCAAUAAAGGCUACGUUCUCUCCGGCUCCAGUCUCCUCACCUGCUACAACCGGGACUCAGCAGUACCCAAGUGGAGCGACAGACUGCCCAAGUGUGUCUCUGAAAAGUACGAGCCAUGUAGAAAUCCCGGUGCACCUUCCACCAGCAUCCAGAGCUCUGAAAAGGCCUUUUAUCAAGCAGGGGAGACUCUCACUUUCUCCUGCCAUGCUGGCUAUGAGCUUCGGGGCGGGGCCACCAUGUACUGUGUCCCCGGACACCCGUCUCAGUGGAACAUCACUCCUCCUGUCUGCAGAGCAUCUUCAGAAAACCAUGUGAAUGAACGAAGGCUUGAUGUUGUUAGUAUGGAUUACAGCAUGGAGGGGACCAAUAUUACUCUUGCAGUUUUUAUUCCAACCGCAGUCGUCAUGGUGAUCGUUUUGGGGAUUUAUGUCUAUUUUGCGAAAUUUCAGGGCAAGUCUAUCAGAAUGCCGACAUCCACUCCACCCUAUGACAACAUGACGGAAGAGUCGGCUUUCGACAACCCUAUUUAUGAGAGCGGACAUUGGCAGACCCGUUGUAGAUACUAAAUCCUGUCAGUAUUUCCACUUUGGCUUUACUACACAACAACUACAAGGACAAAUGAGAAACAUUUAGAGGUGUCCAUUUAAAGCAAGAACUGCUCAAGCUUUGGCUUUUGGGACCCUCUCUGCACUGCUUAUGUUUAAUCUCCAACCUUUUAUUUUAUUUAAUCUAUGUUUCAUCUUCUGCUAUGUUUGUAUUAUUGUAAAUAAGUCUCUCUUUCCUGCACAGUCAAAUCUGUGAAUCUGUUUGAUGCCAUGGUGAUAUUUUUAUAAAGUAAGUUGUCGACCAUUGGUGAUUGUUUUGAGUACUUUUUGAUGGCCUCAGCAAGCUACAUUUAAAGAAGAGGGAAAAGGUAGUUUUUUUUAGUAUCCCUGUACAUUUCACAGUUUUUGUAAAUUUUGUCAUUACUCUUUUUCUUUUCUUUGUGUGUGUAUAUGGGACAAAUAAACUGCCUGUCCGAUAUGAGUGCCUCACGACUGACUAUAACCUGAGAGAUCACACAUGAAAACAUCUGUACAACUCGAAUCUAGAUUUAACUAUUAUCUUAUAUUGUUUCGGCUUAAAGUAGCACUCCACUUUACCUUCAUAAAAUCUCUCUACAAGAUAUUUAUGGAAAGAUUUCCCACCAGCUGAUGUGUGGUUUCCAACAGCAUAUAGCCUCAGAUAUUUUUUUUAUCAGUUAUGAAUGCCAGUAAAGACUACUGUAUGCCCCAUUUUAAAGUCUGCCUCAAAGCAUCAAUAGCAACAGGUGAUUGCAGCUCCUGACAAUAUAACCCCCAGUUUUAACAUAUAAAAACAGUAUCAGAUUAAUUGUACGAUGUUACAAAAUGACUUGUAAAGCGCAGUGUAUAAAAUAAAACAUAUAAAACUGAUGAGUGACGAUAAAGGUGUUCUGCAUCUGCUUGUGUUGAAUUUAAAGAUGGAUGUAUUUAUCUUAUCUGUGCAUUGACUUUAUGUUGAGAUAGCCAUUUUCUUUCAGCCUAACAGCCACUGCAGCCACACCCAGGAAACCACAUCACCUUAAGUGUAUAUAUGAUUCCCUGAAUAAUAAUAAAAACAACAACUGUUUUAAUCUCUGU